AUGGAUAGCUUGCUAACAACUACAGCUAAUGGACCAAUAUCUGUGAAAACAUCGAGAGAAUGGGUGCUACCACCACGGCCAAAGCCGGGGAGAAAACCUACUGAAGUACCGAAAAAUAGGAAAAGAAAAUUGGCCCAAAAGCCGGCCUCUAAAUUAAUUCCUAGUAACAGUCCAAUGGCAGCUAACAACAGUAACAGCUGGUGUGCUUCUAGUAAUAAUAAUAAUAGUAAUAACAAUAGUAAUAAAAGUAGAAAUCAUAAUAACAGUACUAGUCAAUUAAUGAGAACCGAAAACUGUCAGAAGGAAUGCAACCUAGGAGCCACUACAAUUGAAAAAAACAUCGAAGUUAUCGAAAGAGAGAAUGGCCAACUAAAGAAUCAUUUGUUGUCUUUGAUCCAUGAUUACAAGAGCUUGAAAAAUAUGGUCUUGAAUAAACCUUCGCAUCCUGUACAAGUAGAGUACGAUGGUAUAAGUGGCGCCAGAAAAAGAGCAUUCGCUGAAUUAAAUGAUCCGAUGAAUGAAUUGAUUACUGAUAUGAAUGAGCUAUCUCAUGAUACUCCAGCUUUUGAUGACAGCGAAGCUUCGCCAGAGGCAGAAGACUUCUUGAGUUUUAUUGACUAUGAUCGUGUAUCUGAUCAUGAGUUAGAGGAAGACGAUGAGCUUAUUGACAGUCCGGCAUUGUCAAGGACUACUUCUCCUUCAUCCGAUACAGAAAAUUCUUUAAUGUCGUCAUUGACAAGGUCAACAACUGUUUCGACUUAUAAUUCUAACAUUGAGAGGAAGAAUUUUAAAUUUCAUGAUUUGCCAGUCUAUUCUAAUGAAGAUUAUACGUUUACGUUUGACCAAGAGUCCAAUAAAAAGUAUAUGUCUAUAAUAGAAGAGGACAAGUACAAUAUGGUCACAGAUUUUCUCGAGGAAAAACUAAUCAGUAACGACUUAAAUUAUUAUGAGCUGCAGCAACAAAAUAUAUAA